UCUUCGACGGCGGGAGGCGCGGUUCGGCGGUGUUUUUGCCACGAACGCGCUAGAGUAGCUGCCGACUCGUCGCCAGGACAAGCGGCCCCGCCGGUUAUCAUAGCGAACAUCGGCCCCGUCUGUCCGUGUAUACGUCCACGGUGAUAACGCUGAUAACACGUCCCGUGAUAAACUCCUAAACAUUUUCUCUGAUAGUUAUCAAACAGCAACGCUAAUAUUUAUUAUUACUGCAGUUCGUAGUGAAACACCGUCGUCGUCUAACCACCGCAACCCCGUGAUCGUGCCAUCUGCGUCCUUCACUCGGUCGAGUGUCCCACCGUCACUCCGCGGCAGUUGUCCAUCGUCCUGCGAGCGAAUCGUUUCGUUACCUCUCGGCGGUCAUCACCAUCGUCGUCAUCGCCUUACCGAUGGACCCGUGUCACCUACUGCGGUGGCGGCGACGGCGGCGAUCGGAUCGAUCGGAAUAAUGGUAGCGCUGGACGUGCGGAAAAAUGUUCAGUAAAAAGGCGCAGACGGACGUGAAGAAGUCUGCGCACAAAAUAUUGGAUCCGAAGAAGGACACGGCCACGAGAUUCAAACACUUGAAAUUCCUUUUAGACAACAGCGACGAAAAUGAAUCGAAACACUUGUUCGAAAGCAACUACAGCAGUAUUUACCAAAUUUUCUAUGAAAGCUUCAUUAGUGUCGAAAUCAAUCUAAAGCAAAGAGUAACCAAAAUUCACAGAGAUGAACUAGACACUAUUCUGAUAAUUUUAGAAAAAGUACUUACAUUAUGUCCAGAAAUUGUAGCACAAAGGUGGCAAUGUCACAGCAUGUGUAUGAUCAUCACCAAACUAUUACAUCCAGAAAAUUCAUGGCGAUUAAGACGCGAAGGCAUAAAGUUUUUUAUUUUAUGGUAUCAAAUAUUGGGAUAUAAUGCACCUGACUCAGUACAUGCAAUGUUUGCAACUCUUGUACCAGGAUUUCCCAGUCCAAUACCUGAACAUCCAGGGCUGGCUGCGCUUUGGGGUGUUCCUUCAAAUUCAGUUACUUUACGUGAUAAUUUUUCAAGUCCCAUUACUGCUGUAGAAACAAAUCUUAUAUAUCCACCUCAGAUGGGCGAAAAACAACCAGAUGAUGUAGUUAAAUAUUAUUUAGAAACCCUUCUAGAGUUAAUGGUUAAUCAGGUUCCACGAAUAAUGUGGAAAGAUCUGAAAAAUUGCCAAAGACGAUGUUUUAAUUAUUUGUUUGAAAAAUUUAAACAAUAUUAUUUACCUGUAAUUUUUCCGGAUUAUUCAACAGCUACAAAUGUUUAUAAACAAACAACAGAGCUACCAGAUUGUUCUAAUCAAAAUAGAAAUGACACAAACAGUAGUUGUCGAGUUGUUGUAAUUAAAUGGCUUGCUGGAUACACUCAAGAUAUAAAACAAAAACACUACCCAAAUAUUCCUCUGAUAUCAAAGUUUAUUGGAGAUAAAGCUCAAUUAAUAGCUUUCGAAAUUGUCAGAGAUACUUUAUAUAAGUCAAGAGAAAAUGUUAAUUUAAUACACGAAAUUUUCCGGCAAGCAUUUUUAUUGAAUUUCAAUUGGGCUAUGGCAAUAAGAAGAACUAUUGCAGUUUACAAAGAUUGGAUUCAACUUAGUGUGUCUCAACAACCUCCUUUCAUGUUAGAUCCUGAAGGAAUAAAUUCACAAACAUCUAAUUUGGAUCAAAAUGCAGAAGAAACUCCACCUAUUAUAUAUGAGCCUAAGUAUGGUGAUAUAAGAGCUGGAUUUCAGAAUGUCAUUCAGUUAUUUAUGACUAAUGCUCUACAUGUAUUUGUGGCCCAAAGUGGUACUGAAUAUCCAAUGCUUUUGGAAGAACAAGUUGAUACCUGCAAGCGAGUAUUAAAUAUUUAUAGAUAUAUGGUCAUGCAUACAUACAUGUCUUUAAGAACUUGGGAACAGUUAUUAAAUGUUCUAUUAAGAAUAACUACUUUAGUUUUGAAUAAAAAACCUCCCAGGCGAAAAGAAGACACACUAUCUGGCAAAUUAGCUCCUGCAAUUUUCCAGACUUUGAUUGUGACUUGGAUAAAAGCUAAUUUAAAUGUACCAAUUUCUGAAAAACUUUGGGAUCAAUUUUUAACAGUACUAUGUUCACUCACUCAAUGGGAAGAACUUAUUAGGGAGUGGUCGAAAACUUUAGAAACUCUAACGCGUGUAUUAGCCAGACACGUUUAUGGUCUGGAUUUAGCAGAUUUGCCAUUAGAUCGUAUUUCUGACAAGAAAUCAAGAAGAAAACGUGGUAGUACUACGCUAAAUUCUGCAUAUAAUAUGUGUAAUUUAUCUCAACAAAAUCAACAACGAGGUUCUGUGACAGAUUCUCAACCAGGAAAUAUAACAAAAAAACGAGAUUUUGUAAAGCGGUCAAACAGUGAUUCAGAAAUAACAUACUGUUUACUUCAAAAAUACAGUGAAACUGAUUCAGUCUUCAAUAUCACGGAGACACCAACAACAUAUGAGGGUAAAUAUAGCUGGAAAGAUGAAAAGUCUUCAAAAUGUUCAUUUAGUGUACGAAAAUGUCAUUCCCUAGAAAAUUUAACUCAACUUUUAAUAAUACGAAUGCGAGAUGCUCAUUCAAGAUCACCAUCCCCUGUGCCUUCGACUGGUAUGGAAAGCAGUUUAUUUAAAGAAGCACACAUGCAAAUAGAAAUCAUGUCAUCUCAGCAUCCUUCAUCAGAAAAAGUAACUAAUAAAAAGUCGGUUAUGUCUGGUGGCGAAAUAAAGGGAUGGACACCUGAUGUAGCUGCUAUAUUAUGGCGUCGAAUGCUCAGCGCUCUUGGAGAUGUAAAUACACUGGAAAACCCUGUAUUACAUGAACAAGUAUUCCAAUACUUACUAGACCUCAAUACUACUAUGACUAAAAUUUAUCAAAAUCAAGGUAUGGUAGAAGAAGAGACUUUUGCGUCUCUUGAUUUAGUACCUCCCAUAUCAGUUAUUGCUCCGUGGUGUUUUCAGGCCCUGAAUUUACCAAAAACUUACAGAAACGGUAAACUGCAUGCAUAUAAAUUAUUAUGUCACAUCACCUUGAAUAAUAGGGAUAUGCCACAAGGACAAAAAUAUGUAACACAAUUUUUCAAAGUUUUACAUUAUGGAUUAACAUCCAGCGAUCAAGAAGUUGUUAAUACUAUAUUAAAAAAUACGGGUUCUGAAUUUUUUUCUCAUCAACUCCCUGGUUUUACACUACUGACUUUGGAUUUUGUGCAUGCUUGCAAUGAAGUUUUAAGUGGAACAAAUGUAGUUAUGGCUCCACGGGCAGAAGCAGUGUCCAUAUUAGGUUCACUUUUAAGUUUUCCAUCAAAUCUAACUAAAGUACCAUAUCUUAAACCUGAUUGUCACCAAUUUAGUAUAACAUAUUGUCCUGAUAUCAAAGAUACCGUUAUAACAAUUAUGUUAAAAGUAGCGAAAAGAGAACCAUCUGGAUUAGCAAGAUGUAUUGCUUUAUCUAAUUUGGGCAUAUUUGUAUGUCAAGAACUUAGUAAUACUACUAAACAUCCUUGCAUUAAAGAAGCAAUCAUAACAUUGUUACUUGCCUUACAAUUUAAAAAUGAAAAGAUCUCCCAGGUGGCUUGUGACAAUGUCAUGCUUCUUUGUGAUUAUGUACCAAAUUUAUUGAAAUACUAUCCAGAUAUCCCACCUAAAAUACUUGAAGUAUUAGCAUCCACGCUGUCAAAUAUGUUGCCAAUUGGUGAUAGAAAUAAACGUUUAUUAACAUCUCUAGUAUUUUGUUUGGCUGAAUGGACGAUGCGUAUGCCAGUACCACUUUUGUUAGAACUACGGUCUAAACAAAGCUUAUCAAUGACUGUAUUUAUGGUCAUUGAUGCUCUUAGCCGAACCUGUAAUGAUAAAACUAUUGAGCACUUAAAAAGAGCAAUGGAAGUAAAUUUAGAAUAUUCAAAUGAAUUUUCUUAUGAUAUAACUUUGGACAACUUAAAAACUGGUGAGCUGAAAAACAAUAAUAUGUUUGGUGAUCAUAUUAUGACUCCUACUCAUCUCAAUAGUACCCGGCAUUCACUUCAGAUUGCUACUAAAAUGAUAAUUAACCAUUUGUUAAAUCAUUUGGGUCAAUUUCCUAUGCUAAUUGGUCCCUCUAGGUUAUGUUCUAUGGUGUCUGAACAUGAUGAUACAUUAAAUUUCAUUUCAGAACAGCUUACAGUUGAUAUAUUUUCUGUUCCCAAUAUACAAUUAUUCAUGUCUGCGACCAACAUGUUGGUUAUGUCUAUUAUUGAACUACCUGCAUUGGAAGUACCUGGUGGAGGUAUCACUGCAGGAUUAAGAACAGGAUUAAAUCAAGUGAGGAUUAUACAGCGUGAUUUAGUUGGAAAAUCCUGUUGGGAUAUUUCACCAUUAUAUUGUAGUCCUAAUUGUGAACACAAAAAAGUUGAUGAUUUAUUUAUAACUAAUACAAUCCAUAAGAAUAAUGAAACUGAAGAUUCUAUUGUUGUAACAUACAAUAAAAAUUGUCAAAUACAACACACUAUCCGACAUCGAGCUCCAAACGUUUUGCCAACUUUUGAAAAUUCUGCUGACGAUCUUGAUAAUCUAGAUGAUUUACUUCAAUACAUUGGUUAUACAAGUUCGGAAUGUUUAGAAGAUAUGGAAGUCUUACUGAAUAAUCCUGCAUUGAAAUCUCCUAUGACUUCACAGUUAGAACAAGAUGUCAUGAGUACAAUAUUAGGACAAAGAUUUAUGGACAAUAAUUAUACAGAAAAUUUGAACUCUGUUUAUUACAAUAACAUGGAAAGACGACCUCAAUUUAGUAUGCAUAAAUCUCCUUUCCAAAAUGGCCGAGCUUUGUUUUCAGAAUUUGGUUUUACCAGCUGGGACCAACGCCGACAAAUUUACCAACUCGAACGUAAUGAAAAGGUUUUAAGAGAACUACGCGUUCUUGAUGCUCAAUGUUGUAGAGAUACCCAUAAAAUAGCCAUUAUUUAUGUUGCUGAAGGCCAAGAAGAUAAGGUAUCUAUCAUAUCUAAUACUGGUGGCAGUCAAGCAUACGAAGACUUCAUUUCAGCUUUAGCUUGGGAAGUGGAAUUGGAGACCCAUAAUGGUUUUAUGGGUGGCCUUCAACGAAAUAAAAACGCUGGUACAACAACUCCAUAUUAUUCAACAUCAUUUCUUGAAGUCGUAUUUCACGUAGCCACUCGGAUGCCAACUACUACUACCCAAGAAGCUUACAUCCAAAAAGCAAGGCAUUUGGGAAAUGAUGAAGUCCAUAUUGUGUGGUCAGAACAUUCCAAAGAUUAUAGACGUGGCAUUAUUCCUACAGAGUUUUGUGACGUUCUUAUUGUCAUAUACCCAUUGCCUAAUAAUUUGUUUAGAAUUCAAGUAUCCAGAAAACCAGAAGUACCAUAUUUUGGGCCAUUAUAUAAUGAAGUUAUUGUUCAGAAGUCUAUUUUAGCCAAUGUUGUAAGAUGUUCAGCAAUCAAUGCAUCGUGUGCUAAACGUAGUAUGAUACCAUUCUAUCAACAGUAUUAUGAAGAAAGAUGGCGGUCGUUGGAUAUGAUAAUAAAAAAUUACAAACACUCAAGCACUUUUGAAGAUUUCAUAUCAAAUGUUUACUCACCGGUACAAACUACAUCACCUUUCCAACAACCUUCUCUUAAGAGUAAUUCAGAUAAGUAUAAGUCUGACGAUUACAUAUCUAGUUCAUCGUCGUCCAAUUUAGCUGCUGCACUCAUAGAUUCUCAUCGAAACAAGAAUUCUAAAGUAGAAGCGGAAAUGCAAACCGUUCGCCUGCAGUGAACAUGCACUCUCUCUCAACAGCCGCCACCGGAAGUAGCAGAGCAACAGCAUUGCAGCCGCCGUGGCGACUGAUUGGGGAACGUUACUUCCUGAUGGCGAUAACACCGGAUAUUAUCCUUCGUCGGCGGACAAGAAGAUUGACGACAACGGGAACGUGUACGAGGGGAACGCGCGUGCGUGCGCUUCACAAACGCAGUACAAAAAUAGUUGCGUUGUUCACUGUUUUUCUUCCCUCCGUCUCUUCUAUCCGCCCUCUGCUUCUCAUUGCAUUAAAGUUCAUAAUUAAU